AUGCUCAGGUCGCGACGCGAGAGCAAUCCAUGGUGCUGGGCCGGAGUAGAGUGCGGUGUAGGCGACGUUCAGGGGCUGAGGUUGUCCGACAACCAGCUCCAAGGUGUGCUACCUGGCGCUGCUUUGACAAACAUGCGCGGCCUGGUGACCCUCGACCUCUCAGGCAAUGAGAUUGGAGGUACCCUGCCUCCUGAGCUUGGGAAGAUGGUCCACCUCCAGUAUCUCCGCCUCGCGGUCUCGAAGCUGGAGGGGCCGAUACCGGGCACGCUCGGCGAGAUCAAGGGGCUUCGGGAGCUGGACAUCUCCCAUUCGAGGUUAUCAGGUCCAAUUCCGCCAUCUCUCGGGCGGUGCACCAAGCUCUCCUUGCUAAACUUGUCCCACAACAGGCUCAGCGGCUCGAUGCCGCCUGAAAUAGGCAACUUGCGAGCACUGCGGGAACUUUUUCUCGGCCACAAUCGACUCACGGGGAGAAUACCUUCGUCGUUCGCUGACCUCGUGCGGCUUCGAUUGCUGAGCCUCUCGUGCAACCGUCUAGAAGGGACUCUGUCACCCUGGCUUGGAAAGCUCACGUGCUUGCACCGGCUGCUGCUCGACCACAACCAACUGUCUGGUCGCCUCCCCAAGGCUUUUCAGAACCUUCGCCACAUCGAGGUCGCUCACUUUCAACAUAACUGUCUAUCCGGAACGUUACCGAGGUGCUUGGGCGAGUUGACCGAGCUGAGAGUCCUGAACUUGGCUGGAAACCAGCUCCAAGGCAAAAUGCCGCCGGAACUCGGCGACUUGGCAAAGCUCGCCGGGCUGGAAGUCGGCUACAACUUCAUCGUCGGACCUCUGCCAUCGGAACUUGGACGUCUAUCCCGCUUAGUCGACCUGCACGUCGUGGAGGGGUGCCCAUCGUACAGCCUACCUCUCCGCCGAGGAUUCACUAGGUGGCUGUCUUUGGUAUUGAGAUGUGUGAAUUUGACGAUGCAGCUACGGCACCAGAAAACCGCCAUUUUGCUUUGGCUUCCCACUGGCAUGUUCUGA